UGCUACACAGCUUAGGGCUUCCCCCUCUCUCUAUAAAAAGUUUGCUGGAAGUUCACAAUUCAUUCCAGCUUCAACUCCGCCUUAAGCAAGCAAUUGCUGUGCUAAGUCCAGAGUCCAGUCUUCCUCUCCAGCAAUGCUUUCUAUAGUCCACCUUCUGGUUCCUGUCUGCUUCUUGGGACAAGUGGUGACGUCUUCAGAGCAAGCUGCAUCUCGAAAAAACAUCACCGCAUGUCUUCUUCCACUAGAUGAGGGGAACUGUCGGGGUCUCCUCCCCCAAUAUUAUUAUAACCGGUACACGCAGAUGUGCGAAGAGUUCUCCUAUGGAGGCUGUGAUUGCACAAACAAGAACACCCUGAUGACAGAUAGCAGAACUGUCAUCAUAGUCAGUACACUACUAGAGAGCAGAGCUGUGGACAGUUGUCAGGGAAAAUGGAGCAACUGUGCAGAGGUCCCCAAGAUAUGCAGGAUGGAGGUGGAGCCAGGACCUUGCCGAGGCUAUAUAAAGCGUUAUGCUUACAACUUGUUGACAAUGAAGUGUGAGCUGUUCAUAUACGGUGGCUGCUAUGGCAAUGAUAAUAACUUUGGAAAUGAGGCUUCCUGUCUGGAGUCAUGCUCACCCAAGAGGAAUGCUCCCAGCUUCUGCUAUAGCCCCAAGGAUGAGGGGUCAUGCUCUGCUUCUGUCUCCCGCUAUUAUUUCAACAUUGAGAACAAGUCAUGUGAAGAGUUUCAGUACACAGGUUGUGCAGGAAACUCCAACAACUUUAUCAGGCUGGAGGACUGUAUUAAUGUGUGCAAGAAAGGCAAUAAAAAGCCAAGGAAUAAGAACCGUAUCCGCAAACCGAAGAUACAAUCCUGAGCAAAGAUCGGGGAAGAAAAUUCUUUUAUAUGUUCACAUGUAUGCACUUUUUAUGGCUAUCGUCGGACAACCGAGAGCUGCGGAAGAGAACUUAACUCAUAAAACAGCCUAAAAAAAGGGGGAACUUUUAUGUCCGGCAGUAUAAAACCGCAUAGUAUAAAAGAUCUUUUUUUUGUUUUUUUUUUC